UAGCCAUAACAGCGCAUUGAACCAUCAUUUGAAGAAACAUUCAGAUUCAGGAGAUACACCAUAUCAAUGUGAACAUUGUGCAAAGAAAUUUACAAGCAGUUUCAUUUUGAAAAGACACUUAAGGAUGCACUCAAGUGAACGACCAUAUCAAUGUGAGCAUUGUGAAAAGAAAUUUAAGAGUGAUAGUAAUUUGAAAUCGCAUAUAAAGACACAUUCGGGGGUGAAACCUUUUGAAUGUGAACAUUGUUCAAAGAAAUUUAUAAGAAAUAGCGACUUGAAAACUCAUUUGAGGAUACAUACGGGAGAUAAACCAUAUGAAUGUCGACAUUGUGGGAAAUCGUUUACCCAUAUAAGCACUUUGAUCCAACAUUCCGUUUUACAUUCAGAAAAAAAACCAUUUGAAUGUGAACAUUGUGCAAAAGUAUUUAAAAGAAUUAGCGAGUUGAAAGCACAUUUAAGGAUACAUUCUUCAGGACAGACACCAAAUGAACGUCAACCACAUAUGUGUGAACAUUGUGAAAAAAAAUUUACAAGUGGUAGAGAUCUGAAGAGACAUAUAAGGAUACAUACAGGAGAGACACCAUACGUAUGUGAGCAUUGUGGAAAGAAGUUUAAGAUGGUUGGCAGUUUGAUCAGUCAUUUGAGGAUACAUACAGGAGAGAGACAAUUUUUAUGUGAACAUUGUGCCAAGAAAUUCAAGACCAAUGGUGAUUUGAUAACGCAUUUGAGGAAACACACAGGCGAGACACCAUACGAAUGUAAACUUUGUUUGAAAAAGUUUAAGAGCAAUAGCAAUUUGUAUACACAUUUGAAGAACUUACAUUCAGAAAAAAAGCCAUAUGAAUGUCAAUUUUGUGAGAAGAAAUUUAAGAGCAGUAACUAUUUAAAAAUACAUAUGAGGAUACAUACAGGAGAGAUGCCCUACAAAUGUGAAGUUUGUGAAAGAAAUUUUAAACACAGUAACACUUUGAAAAGGCAUUUGAGGAUACAUACAGGAGAGACACCUUACGAGUGUGAACAUUGUGGAAAGAAAUUUAGAACCAAUAGCGAUUUAAAAAUACAUUUGAGGAUACACACUGGAGAAACACCUUAUGAAUGUGAGCAAUGUGCAGUAAAAUUUAGAUACGGUAGAGAUUUGAAAAAACAUUUGAUGAUUCACACAUAAAAAAGAUAAUUUAAAUGUGAACAUUAGCAAAUAAAAGACAAAUUUGUAAAUAAGGAAUAAUUUGAGACAAUAAUUUUGUUUAUAUAAAUGCAGGGAUGUAGUUAAGGUGGAGCCACCAAGCCUUAAUAUUUUCCACCCAGUCUAAAGCCAAUUCCAUGGCCCUCCACCCACCCUUAUUAACCCACUCAUUCAUAUUUAUUUAGAGUUUGCCAAUGUUUUCACCCACCACCCUUAGUUUCCUAGAGCAACAAUGCUGUACAGUGUAAAUGUUGAUACUAACAUACUG